UUGCAUAUAAAUUCCUCAUCUCUCGCUCAUUCUGUCCCCGAUCCGCCGCCCAUCGCCUUUCCUCAGAAGAAGAAGAAAAAAGAAAAAGAUUCAAUCUUGGCUCCGCUGUUGAGAUGGCAUCAUCAUCAGCUGGGGCGGCCACAGGAUGGUAUAGAGGCAGGGUUAAAGCCGUUCCGUCAGGGGACUGCUUGGUAAUUACGGCCAUGACUAGCAGCAAAGCGGGACCCACUCCUGAGAAGACCAUUACUUUAUCUUCUCUGAUCGCUCCAAGAUUGGCUCGACGCGGUGGUGUCGAUGAGCCAUUUGCAUGGGAAAGUAGAGAAUACUUGCGAAAGCUAUGCAUUGGAAAGGAGGUUGCCUUUAGAGUGGACUAUACUGUGCCAUCCAUUGGUCGAGAGUUCGGUUCUGUUUUUCUUGGUGACAAGAAUAUUGCUGCACUUGUUGUUUCUGAAGGCUGGGCUAAGGUAAGGGAGCAAGGUCAGCAGAAGGGUGAAGUGAGCCCUUACCUUGCAGAGCUACUGCGUCUCGAAGACCAAGCAAAGCAACAAGGUUUUGGGCGUUGGAGCAAGGUUCCUGGUUCCGCUGAGGCAUCCAUUAGAAACUUACCACCGUCAGCCAUUGGUGAUCCCAAUAACUUGGAUGCCAUGGGUUUGUUAGCUGCUAACAAAGGAAAGCCAAUGGAGGGAAUUGUUGAGCAGGUUCGAGAUGGCAGUACUGUCAGGGUUUACUUGCUUCCAGAGUUUCAGUUUGUUCAGGUGUUCAUUGCUGGAAUCCAGUCACCAUCUAUGGGAAGAAGGCCUCCUCCAGACACCGUUGCUGAAACAGACAAUUCCUCUAAUGACCUGAAUGGUGAGGUUUCAGCUGAACCAAGAGCUUCUUUAACUUCUGCACAAAGGCUUGCUGUCUCUACUACAUCAUCUGGUGAAGUAGCUCCUGAAACGUUUGGAGUCGAAGCCAAACAUUUUACAGAGAUUCGUGUUCUGAAUAGAGAUGUCCGGAUUGUCCUGGAAGGAGUAGACAAAUUUAGCAAUUUGAUUGGGUCAGUGUACUACUCUGAUGGGGAAACAGCGAAAGAUCUGGCACUGGAGCUGGUAGAAAAUGGUUUAGCUAAAUAUGUUGAGUGGAGUGCAAACAUGAUGGAAGAAGAUGCUAAGCGACGGCUCAAGGCUGCAGAGCUACAGGCGAAGAAAACCCGGCUAAGAUUAUGGGCUAACUAUGUACCUCCACCAACGAAUUCAAAGGCAAUUCAUGAUCAGAAUUUCAUGGGGAAGGUGGUAGAAGUUGUAAGCGGUGACUGCAUUAUUGUGGCUGAUGACUCGGUUCCAUAUGGUAGUCCAUUGGCAGAGAGACGUGUCAACCUAUCAAGUAUUAGGUGUCCAAAAAUGGGUAAUCCCCGUAGGGAUGAGAAGCCUGCUCCUUAUGCCCGUGAAGCAAAAGAGUUCUUAAGAACACGCCUCAUUGGUCGACAAGUUAAAGUCCAGAUGGAGUAUUCUAGGAAGGUCAGCAUGGUGGAGGGACCUGCAACUGCUCCAGAUUCUAGAGUGAUGGAUUUUGGAUCUGUCUUUCUGUUGUCUUCUACUAAGGCUGAGGAUGAGGACACUUCUGCUCAAGACAGUAGUGGCCAACAAGCUGGGGUGAAUGUGGCUGAGCUAGUGGUAUCACGUGGUUUUGGCACUGUGAUUAGGCAUCGUGAUUUUGAGGAGAGAUCGAACUAUUAUGAUGCACUUCUUGCGGCUGAAUCGCGUUCUAUUGCUGGAAAGAAAGGGAUUCAUUCUGCCAAGGAUCCUCCUGUCAUGCAUGUGACAGACCUUCUGACAGCACCAGCCAAAAAAUCCCGUGACUUUUUACCAUUCCUACACCGGAGUAGGAGGAUUCCAGCUGUUGUUGAAUAUGUUCUCAGUGGUCACCGUUUCAAAUUGUUGAUUCCGAAGGAGACGUGUAGCAUUGCUUUCGCUUUCUCAGGUGUGAGAUGUCCUGGUCGUGAUGAACCAUAUUCAGAUGAAGCAAUUGCCAUAAUGCGGCGGAAGAUAAUGCAGAGAGAUGUGGAGAUUGAAGUGGAAACUGUUGAUAGAACGGGAACCUUUUUGGGGUCCCUAUGGGAAGCGAGGACCAAUAUGGCAGUGGUUCUAGUUGAGGCUGGCUUGGCAAAGAUUCAAACUUCCUUUAGCAGUGAUAGAAUGCCUGAUGCUCACCUUCUUGAACAAGCAGAACGAUCUGCUAAGCGUCAGAAGCUCAAGAUCUGGGAGAACUAUGUUGAAGGGGAGGAAGUGCCCAAUGGUGCAGCUGUUGAAAGCAAGCAGAAAGAAGUGCUUAAGGUAAUUGUCACUGAGGUGUUGGGUGGUGGCAAAUUUUAUGUCCAGACAAUUGGGGACCAAAAGGUCACUUCUCUGCAGAAACAGCUUGCGGCUUUGAAUCUUCAAGAAGUCCCUUUAAUUGGUGCUUUUAGUCCUAAGAAAGGUGAUAUCGUCCUUGCUCAAUUUAGUGCAGACAACUCGUGGAACAGGGCAAUGAUUAUCAAUACACCUCGAGGGGCUGCUGAAUCCCUGAAAGAUAUGUUCGAAGUGUUCUAUAUAGAUUUUGGAAAUCAAGAGGCUGUACCUUAUGGUCGACUACGGCCAGUUGAUCCUUCUAUGUCUUCUGCCCCUGGUCUCGCUCAGCUGUGUAGUCUUGCUCACAUCAAGGUUCCUAGUCUGGAUGAGGAUUUUGGUCAGGAAGCAGCUGAGUAUCUGAGUGAUUACAUGCUUAAUGGUGCAACGGAAUUUGUGGCCACAAUUGAAGAAAAGGAUACUUCAGGGGGAAAAGUUAAAGGACAGGGAACUGGGAAUAUUCUUAUUGUGACUCUUGUUGCUGUUGGAUCGGAGCAUAGUUUAAAUGCGUUGAUGCUUCAGGAAGGACUUGCUAGACUAGAGAAAAGGAAGAAGUGGGAAUCCAAGGAAAGACAAAUUGCAUUUGGAAGUUUAGAAGGGUACCAAGAGGAAGCACGGACAGAUCGACGAGGAAUGUGGCAAUACGGAGACAUUCAGUCUGAUGAAGAGGACGCCGGUCCUGUGAGAAAACCCGGUGGCCGGCGUUGAACGAACACUUUUAUGGCCCCCUUCGUCUUAAAUUAAGAGAUAGACAACUCAACUAGUCGAAGCUUAAUUAAUGCUACAGUGAUAAUCACGUUUUCAGUACGAGAACCCAAAGUGUUGCUGCGUAAAGACCAUGUGAAGUUUUGUCCUUUGCUAAUUUUUAUUUUUUAUUUUGUUUUUAUUUUUACAUCGGAUAAUGAGGAUUUUAAAAAAAUAAAAAUAGCAAAUCGAGACCUUACAAUAAGGCAAGAGACUUAUUUAUAUUUA